UUUUGUAAGUCAGCUGAUUUCUAAUUUCUAAACCUCAUCCUCACCAUCCGUCGUCAUCCGAUACAAUCAAAAUCCAUCGGCGAUCGGGAAGGAGACACGAAAACAUGGCGGGAUUGUUAGCAUGGGCGGCGGACGUGGUCGGAGCUGGAGGGCAUGACAACGGGGAAGACGACAAUGCUGAUUCAAUCCCUUUAAUUUUCACUCCGGAACAGCUUACUUAUGUCCAAGAAUUGGACCGAAAAGCCUCUUCUCUCCGCCGUUCCAUUCAAGAUCUACGGCUUGGAUUGCCCCCACCGGACAUCUCUCAACGCCUCCCCCACCUCCAUGCCCACUCCCUAGCCUCUAACGCUGCCCUCGCCCUUCAGUUAAACGCCCACUCCGCCACUAAAGAACAGGUGCAAUUAAGAGAAUUUACUUUGCAAGAAGAAAAUGCUGAGUAUGAAAAGACUAUAGAAAAUUGCGAGAAUAAGAUACGGGAGAGGUUGCAGGAAGCAGAUUUGCUUCAGAAUAAGCUGAAGGAAUUGGACUCAACUGAAAAGAACCUGGAAUUUGAGUUACAAAGUUUGCAAGCUGCAGUUAUUGCCAGUCAGUUUGAGCGGUCCAGUGAAUCAUCUGUAGAAACCAACAGGCUGGAUGAAGAUGAAGAAGCUGCAGAAGAUGCAAAAUCUGCGCUACUGGAUAAGUUGGAGAACAAGAAAAAUGAACUAGCUUCAUUUGAAGAAAUCGUUCAAGACUUGGAGAAAAAGUGGGCCAAGGUACAAGAAAAUGCAGCUAAGCGACCUUCUCCAGCUCAGCGGGAGAAAAUGUUGGAUAAACAACUUCAUAGCCUUAUUGAGCAGCUCGAGGUGAAACAGGCCCAGGCAGAACGCCUUGUGAGUGAAAUUCAUCUAAACGAAAUGGAGUUGGAAAGACUAAAUGCAUUAUCAAGGAGCCUUGAGACCAGCGGUGCUGAUGUAAAUAAUACAGCAAGAAAUAGAUUUGGCAGAAUUGGUUCUGGCAAGGGACCUGCUGCUUCAGAUUAUAUAGUUGAUCCCCAUCACAAGCCUCAAAUUGGCGGGCGCACAGAGACUUUGCAGAGAUUAAUGCUGCUCAGGUCGGCAUUCGUGGUUUAUGUUUUAGCUCUACACAUCUUGGUUUUCAUUAGGCUGGCAUUCUGAGUGUGUUUGUGCCUUGCCUAUUGAUGUUGUAAAGUAUUCCGUAGUUAGCUUCCCUUCUGUAGAUUUCCAGGUUGUUACACUUAUAAUUGUCUCGUAUAUUGGAGAAGUUGUAUUCAGACCUUGAUUCAUAUGCUACAAACCAAACGGAUAUGAAUUAUUGGAGCAGAACGCAGUCAGUCUGCUUUAUAUGUUUA